UUGGUUGGGGCGUGAGGGCUGUUUAUAUGGUGAUCCCUCACCCAGCACUGAGAUGCAGCCACCUCUGGUGCAGGGUGUGGGGACUGUUUAUACGGGGAUCCCUGGCCUGGCGCUGAGAUGCAGCCCCCUCUGGGGUGGGGUUCGGGGGCUGUUUAUACGGGGAUCCCUUGCCUGGCACUGAGAUGCAGCCGUAUCCGGGGCAGAGUUCAAGCCUCUACUGUUUGCAAUCCCACCGUGUGUGCGUGGCCAGGUGAUGUCACGGUCCUGCUGUGUGGGGUGAUGAUGAGACCAUAGGCUUGUGCGGAGCCAAUUUCAUGAGGGAAGGCCCGGCCCCUCCAUGCAAGUCUUGUGAGUCAUUGUGCACAUGUCAUGUGAUGGCCAUCGCUGAGCACUUGCAAGGUGGAAGAGACGGAUCCGGGCCAGCAACAUCCUUGCUCCCAGAUGGCCAUCCCCAGGCUCUCCCUGCAGCGCCAUCUACCCCGGAUACCUGGCCAUGCCCUGCGGCUCCGCUCCUGGCAGAUUCUCAAGCCCCUCACCCGUGUUGGGCUGCAACCCACCAGCAAGGCCUUGUACUGCCGUGCCCCCACCCGGCUGCUCUCGCGACUCUGGGGGAUGCUGACAGGGCUGGCGCUGCCCCGCUGGCUGCAACGCCCCCUGCUGGCGCUCUACGUCUGGGCCUUCUCCGUCAACAUGGCCGAGGCGGCUGAGGAAGAUCUGAGUGGCUACCGCAGCCUUGGGGAGCUCUUCCGGCGCCCGCUCAAGCCCUGGGUGCGUCCCAUUGCACCCCAUGACAUGGUCAGCCCGGCAGACGGCUGCAUCGUGCACCUGGGCCGGGUGCGAAGGAGCCGCCUGGAGCAGGUGAAGGGGGUGACGUACUCCCUGGAGAGCUUCCUCGGGCCCCAGGACUGGAGGGAAGAUAGGGGUAGGGGUCUCUCCCCAUGGUGGCACCGGGGGCACCGGCUCUAUCAGUGCAUCAUCUAUCUGGCGCCGGGUGACUAUCACCGCUUCCACUCACCCACCGACUGGCACAUCCGGCACCGCCGGCACUUCCCCGGCUCCUUGAUGUCGGUGAGCCCGAGCGUGGUGCGCUGGAUCCCAGGGCUAUUCUGCCACAACGAGCGGGUGGUGCUGAGCGGGAAGUGGGCCCACGGCUUCUUCUCUCUGACUGCUGUGGGGGCCACCAACGUGGGCUCCAUCCGCAUCUACUGUGACCAGGACCUUCGAACCAAUUGCGCCCGCCACGUGCAGGGCUGCUACCACGACCUCAGCUACUUGGCCUGGGCAGGGCCAGCCGGGGUCCCCGCCCCCAAGGGAGCCGGCCUGGGCGAGUUCAACCUGGGCUCCACCAUCGUCCUCCUCUUCCAGGGGCCCCGGCGCUUUGGCUUCCGCACCAGUGCUGGGUGCAGGGUGCGGGUGGGGCAGGCGCUGGGCAGCCUGUGACGUGGCGGGCAGAGGAGCAGGCCCCCAUUUCAGGGCGGGAUCCUGAUCUCCUGGGGAGAUUGGCGAACCCCUUCACUGCCAUGGGGGGACACCCCAGAUUCAGUGGGGUACAGGGA